AUCACAUCAGAGUGGGAGAAAGAGCGCGAUGCUCGUGGUCAAAGCAUGAAGCCAACAUCUUCCACUCGAAGGGCAGUGCUUCAGGAUUCAGAGGGCCCUUUGGAGGAACAUGAUGAUAGGGAUGUUCCAUCACUUUUUGAUCCGACGGCACUGACACAGGAUGACGAUGAUACAAUCCCCCCCACAAGCAGAUGACGAGACACUUCCGCCGACGCAGGACAUGGAGACUGCAGAGAGUGAUAUGCCACUCUUGGAUGAAGGGCCAGGCUCCGACCCCACUCUGAUGACAGGAACAGAGGCGGGCAAUAUGGCACCAUUGGACGAGAUGACAUCGCACGACGCUGGUUCGUCAAAGAAAAAGCAGGGGAGAGGGGCGGCACGAAUGCCGCGUGGAUGGGGAAAAGAUCACAGGAUGCUUGUAUUCACAUCGCCGGAUGGUAAAAGCAUUGUCGGACCCGACGUAAACGAGUACAAGACAGCCAUUGGGGUCAUUGCACGCAACGGAGCUCGACUUCCUCUACAUUACCCCACGUUCGCUGAGAUACCGGAGACGAAGAGACAGGGUGCAUGGAUGGAGGUUCAGAGUAACAGCGGAUUACCAGACUCAGCGGAGAAAGUGGUCUUGGCUGACCUAAGGGAAGUUUGGAGGCACUGGAAAUACAGCAUCAAAUCAACUUACUUCAAUCCGAUCGAGGACGAUGAAGAAGCACUGAAGAAGGUUCCCUCAAGCAGGAUUGUGCCCGAUCAGUGGCCGAAGUUGGUUGAGUAUUGGCGCGACGAGAAGGUGAAGCUUCAAUCCAAGAAAAAUGCGUCGAACGUAGCGAAAAGAAGCUUUCCACAUCGUACUGGGCGGAAGUCAUUCACGACUCUGGCAGAGGAGAUCAAGGCAAAGGGGAAGGACCCCGACAAUCUGGAGAUUUGGAUUUCCAGUCGCACACAAGGCAAGGGAAAGGAUGACCAAGAAACCGAGGAGAUAUUGACUUAUUUACAGAAUGAGCUAAACAAGGUUCCCCUGAAGGGCGGACUCCCUCUGUUCGGGAGACUCUACAGUGUAGCAUUCCAGCAUGGGUGGGAACAACUACAGAAUGGAAUGGAGGAGCUGAAGGCAAUGAUGGAUGAGUUCAAAACCAUCAAGGCUGAUGUGUAUGCAUUCAUGCACAGAAACUCCGGAGCGGUUACUGGCCAGGCAGGCACAUCUCGUAUUGAUUCAGUCCCUGAGAUUCCCAGGCCUGUGUCCGAGCCAAGCAUGACGGUCGGCACACAUGUGCUUCUAUUAUCCCGCACCGGUGAGAAAAAGUUGUUGCAGAGGGACUUCUGCUCUGCCCCCCUGGGCCAGCGAGAUAUCGUAGGUUUUCGUGACUGUUCAGGCCUCAUAUUGCGUAUUAGCAUGGAUUCACUAAGUGUAGAAGUAUACAAUGAUACGAUCCGUGGAUUUCCAAAGCGAUGUAGACUGUUAAUGUAG